GCGCCUGCCAGCAGGCAGCAAAGCAGCCCCACCGGCAGCACUGAGCAGGGCUUGGCCACCGCGUCCUGCCGACCAAUGGCAUCCACAUCUUUUGGUGUAACCACCACUUUCAGCCCUUCAAUUUCUGAUUUUAUUUCUUCUACCAGUGACUCAUCUAGGAAUAUUUUAUCUUCUCCUUUUCCCUCUUCUUCUCUUCCUUCUGAAAUGACUACUCCUUUUUUGACUUCUAAACCAAAGCUACCUACAGGAAUCUCUGCUAUGAUGGUGAUCUCUCCAAGCACUGAUUUACAUAACACAACCAGCCUUAGAGGAAAAUCUACAGUAUCCACUAAUAGUUCCAUUUCAUUCACAUCUGUGCAUGCAUCUUUACCAGGAACUUGCUCUCCUAUCACUUUGUCUAUAGAGCUGGAGAAUGUGACCAGCACAAUGAUACAAUUGAAGUGGAGACCUCUAGGUAGCACAAGAGGCAGUCCUUACACAGUGCGUCUGUGGAGGGGCUCUAGAGUGGCAGAGGAGAAAAGCAUAAAUGAAACCAGUACUGCAUUUCAAAAUCUGUUUCCUGAUCAUGAAUUCCAAAUAUUCGUGGACGUUUUAACUUGCUCUAAAAAUGUCAGUACCUCGAUGACAGUUCGGACAGCUGCUGAAGUCUUCAAUGGAACCACUAGGAUUAUCAGUGAAGACUUCAUACCCGAAUACCAGAAUAAAUCGAGUACUGCAUUUAAGGAGUUUGAAACUAAGUUCAUUAAGGAGAUUGAAGAACGUCUGCCAAAGGAUAUCCUAAAAUUAAUAAAGGAAGGAAAAAUGCAUAUUAUAAUUAACAGCCUCAGGAAUGGCAGCGUGAUUGUGGACUUCAACAUUGUGUUGGAUGUAGGCAACAAUAUAACAAAAAGAGAGAUUUCAGAUGCUUUUAUGAAUGCCUUUAACAUGAGUAGAGCAUUGAAAGUUGAUCUUAAAGAGACUUUUAUAGAAGCAAGGAAUAGUUGUUGGCCAGGAUUAAAUGACUGUUCCAAACAUGCCAUCUGCACUGCUGAAGGAGGAAGUUAUUCAUGUCAAUGCAAAGAAGGAUUCACAGAUAACAGUCUCCAAGUUCCAGGGAGAGUUUGUCAACAAAAGCAGAAUCUACCUUCACAACACAUGACUACAGUCCCUCCAGAAAGUGCAAUAGUUAGAUUUACAGGAUCCACAGCCAAUUCCAUUUUAACUACCGCAUUUGGAUCACGACCUUGCAUGCCAGUGUCCAUUGAAGUUCAGAAUGUGACUGGGGAAGCAAUACAAUUUGGCUGGACCCUAGAGGGUGGCAGGAGAGGCAGCCUCUACAUUGCUUCCCUCAUGGAUGGAAACCGGGAGAUCAAUAAAACCACUACAAAUGAGACAAAAACUAUGUUUAACCAUCUGCUUCCCGGUCAUGUAUACACAAUAUCUGUGGCAGUAUUAUCUUGUGCUGAGAACAGCAGGACUUCAGUGAGUGUCCGAACAGAUCCUGCUUCCUGUUUCAGUGGAACUGAGUUUUGCACACCACAAAAUCGUGGCUGUACUGACUUAAAACAUACUGUAUGCUCAAAUUACCAAGCAUUUGCCUGCAGUGUUUUUUUAAAAACCCAGAUGUUUAAUCAUAUGCUUUAUAACUCUGAUAGUGAAGACUACAAGACAAUGUCUGAAAGUAUCAAAACAGAGGUUGUUAGACAGAUGCAGAUGAAACUAGAAGAUGACCACUUUGACAUUGUGAUGCUUGGAUUCAGACCCGGGAGCGUGAUUGCCUAUUUUGUUUUUCUACUGCAAAAACAAGAGUUCCUUGAUGUGAACAUUCUGCAAGCAUACUUAAGUGACAUAUUAAAAAGCAAGUUUGGCAACCAAACUGAAGUAACUGUACAAUCACUGUCUGCUCAAUCAUCACCUGGAGAAAGUCGUGCCUGGAAAGUAGCAGUGAUUGUCCUUGGAGUUUUACUUGGAGUUGCAUUAGUGCUACUUUUUCUGAUAACAUUGGCCUACAUUUACAUGAAGAAAAGCUCGGUGCAGCUUCUAGAGGAACCCUGCUGAAGACCUUGGUUAAGCUGAAAGGUGAACCCAUCCAGUCACUGGCCUCACCGCACAUAGGCUGACUUGGUUCAGGCUGUAUCAUCACCCUGGUGAGGGAGGUCGCACCCAGCCUUACUCCUCUGUCCUGAGCUUAGCAGCGGUAUUACCAUGCAGGGCUGAUGAGCUGCGCCAGUUGAGAAGGGAAGGCUGUAUGAGUGUUCAGAGCAUCUGAAUGCAAAUAGUUGUGCUGGUGAUUUAUGCUCCUGGCUGGAAUUUUUUUUUGCAGGGACCAAUGAAAGAGGGCUGUUGCAUGAAUCAUUCUGCCUUUCCUUCAGUGCAGUAUCUGCUUGGCUGUCCCUCUGUGCAGGUCUGGGCUUUGGAGUCAUGGCCCACUUCACUGAAGGAAAUUCAGUGUGAUUAAUAUUUGUUACAACUGUUUGAUCUGGAUUUUAAACAUAAUGUGCUUUGGAGCUGUAUUUUCUGUGAGCAGUCAUUUGAUGAUGCAUUCUGUCAGUAAAUAUAAAUUCUCUGGUGAGCUGUGUGUUGAAAAUGCAAAUGAGUGCUCUUGCUGAUGUUAAUAUUGCUUGCUUGCUUUUUGGGGGGGUUGCUUUGAAUAGCAAAUUCCCAUUGUUAUUAAACUCUUAUUAUGUCCUUGGAAAUAAUGUUGGACUAAAGAUCAGGUACAGCAGGGUUCUACUACAGAAUUCUGGGACUUGUUCAUACAAAAUAUCUUUAAACUUGCUGAAUAAAAGUGCUAUUUCAAAUGAUCUUUUUCAAAAAAAGUUUUACAAAUAAAAUCUCU